AUGUGGGACCUACAAGAAGAUGUGAAUCUGUCAGCUGAAGAAAUAACAUUUUUGAAAGAGUUUCAUCUACUGAAACGUGAGCUCGAAGAGCACAUCAGCAAGCUCCAUGCCCUUGCAGACCAUAUGGACACAACCCAUGAGACAUUCACCAAAACCAAUAUGGUGAUCAAUUCCAUUGCUCUUGCCUCUGGAGUCAUGAGCAUCCUGGGUUUAGCCUUACCUGGAGCAACAUUAGGAGGAAGCCUGGUGCUGACUGCUGCUGGUAAAGGUCUGCAGGCAGCAGCAGGGGCCACCAGCAUCUUGACCAGCAUUUGUGAGCACUUUCACAAUAAGAAAGCCCAAGCUCAGGCCAGCACCCUAGUUCCCACCUAUGGCCGAAGGGAGAGGGAGACUGAAGGAAAGGAGGUAUCCUACGUCAUGGCUGUUGGUCAGGCUGCCUACGAGUGUAGAAACACCAUCAAGGAUAUCAAGAAGAACAUCCAUGCCUUUCAGAGAGCCAGGACCAACCCGCACUUGGCUGCUGUCACCAAGCGGCUCCUGACCACUGGCAAAGUCUCAACCCAAACGACCAGGCAGGUGCAAAGAGCCUUUGAGGGCACCACACUGGUGAUGAUCAAAAAAGCCCGCCUGCUGGGCAUUGCAAAGGCUGGUUUAUUCUUUGGCAUUGAUUUAGCCACCCUUUUGAAAGACUGGAAGCAUCUAAAGGAGGGGGCAGGGACAGAGGCUGCCAAGGCGCUGAGGGCCCAGGCUCAGGAGCUAGAAGAUCUGCUGACAGAACUUACCCAGGUCUACAAGAGCCUGAAGCAACAGCUAAAACCCAGAUUUCCCUCUCAGGAAUUCUUGCAAGAAAAAAGCCUUAUAAACUCCACUUUUGAGAGAGGCAUGAAUCUGCCUCAGCCUGUGGAGCCUGACCUGGAGAAGCAGGAUGCCAAGUGA